AUGCUGGAGAAUAUUAUUCGUGUCCGUGAUGUCUAUCAGGAAUGGUGCUUUGAACACAGUUUAUCUCGGGAUCAUCUUGGUUUAUUGGUGGAGUUUGAUGAGCAUAUCUCUGAUGUUAAGAGGGAUAUUCAGCGGGUUGAAGUGUUGAAAGAGAGACUGCAGUCUACUAUUCGGCUGUUAACCGAUCUACUAUCCUACGAAGAAGCAUGCAUGUUGAAGAGUUUGGCGUUGGAGUCCCACAACGAAGGAAUAGUGACAUCUCAACUGGCAUUUCAAAGCACCAAAGAUGCGGCCGCGGUCAAAGUGUUGACUAUCAUUAGCCUGAUCUACCUUCCCACCACGAUAGUGGCUAAUUUCUUCUCAACAGAAUUUGUCAAGGCCAACAAUGGAAAAAUGGAAAUUUCCCCUCAAUCAUGGGUUCUCCCCGCAGUCGCACUGCCCCUUACCAGCCUCACUCUUUGUCUGUGGUGGUUGUGUGUGCGAUUCUCACCGCCAGUUCACACUGGCGAUAAGGGGUUACUCAGUCUACGCAGGAGAGUGCGGGAUAUCGCCGCAGGAAAAGACUCUUCCGAUCUAGAAGAGGGACUGCAGCAAAAGGAAAGAGAAUACAAAACCCCUCCGCGGCGACAGACGAUGGAGGUAGCAGGGGUUGGGUCCAAACCGCAGGCUAAGAUGGACUAG